GACAAGAAACACCAUAAACGUCAUGAAACUAUGUCAGUUACAGUAGUUUCUUAACAUUACACGUGGUUGAUGUAUUUGGGAAGAUAUGAAAUAACAUUUUUUUUUUGUUUCUGCAGUUUAUAUUUGUGUAUCACAUUUCAAUUUUACAUAUACUGCGUAUUUUAACCUUUUUCUCAUAACAUGUAUAAUAUUACAUGCAAAGUGUACAUUUAAUACAUUUCAACUCUCAGAAACAAAUGAUAUAGUGCCCUUUACAACCCUACCAGUUCAGCUACAGAGCAAUGCAGAAUGUUUGUAAUUCAUUGUGUGUGUGUAAGAAGGAGCCUCAUACUGAAUGUUUGUGUAAUGUAAAUGUACAGGCAGGCCACUUCUUCAUCAAGUGCCUCUCCAUCUCAGGCUGGGACGGAAAGACUGUUGGGCAAUUGGAAAUAGGGCCUACAAUGGUCAAUUGGUAUCAAAGCAUAUUAAAUAGGCAAUCUGUAGACUGAGUUAGGAAAAGGUAGGCCUACAGUUACAUUAUAUACAAGAAAAUAAGUUCUAUACAGUCUAUGGUUCUAAACGUCAAAGGAAAAAGGAAACUCAAGAUAGCGGUUCUACAAACUACAAUUCCCAUGAACCCCUUCAUUACAAACGCGCCUGCUCUCUGGAUUCCUCAAAACUUGAAUCAUCAGGCGGCGGGAAGUAAGGAAGAUGUGUGUUUUGUAGCAACUUUACCUAGUCGGUUACAACUUUUUACCUCAGUAUUUAAUAGGUGCGUUACAUAUUUUGCCGAUGUCUCCUGUGUGGCUCUUAUCCUGAACGACUGAAGCGGAAUAAUUUCUUACAUUAUAACUUAUUCAUUCAAAGUGUAACAUCCACGUCGAAGAAGAGGAUUCCUCUACACUGACCAGUAGGUAACUUACAGAAUGACUUCCAAAGGUUUGAAGAGGAAGUUCCCGGUAGAACCAGAGGAAAUAGGCCCAGCUUGGGAGCACCAGCGGCAAUCUGUGCUCGACAUUUCCAUUGAGAAGUUCCAGAGGGACCUCAGUAUGGUGGAACCCAGCCUGCGCCGCUCCGUGCUGAUCGCCAACACCCUGCGUCAGAUUCAGCUAGAGGAGCCGAUGCCGAGUCCGAAUGACACGGUGGUACCUCCCGUCGAACCGGUCAAGACCCGACCAGCUCCUGUCCAGCAAAGCAACUUCAGCCACCAGGGACCCGUCCAGUCCCUUCCCGCGGUAGCCUACUGCCCAACGUUGACUGAAAACCACGGAGAUGAGUGGAUGUCCACGUCUGCUGAGGAAGAAUUCUCCCUGUCCACGGCCAUCUCCUCCAUCCUGAAGGAGCUGGAUGGAGAUGGUUGCCAAGACAGCAGCCAGCCUUCUCUGUCUCCUCCACAGAGGAUGCCCCUGGGGUCCAUUGAAAAUCUCCCUGGAAGUUUGGACGCAGGACCCAGACACAGGCCUGGGUGGACAGGACAGAGAGGAGAGGAGUGUGGCAGACGUGUUGAAGGAAGUCCCCUGGGUAGUAUGGCUGUCACACGCCCAACAUAUCUACAUGAUGUUACUCUAGACAGCCUCUUCGUGGAUGUGGAUAUGUCUGUGUUUGACAGAGAGGUGAGUUCGCUCGGGGCGCGAGCCUUCUCCACAAUCGCCAACGAGGAGCUGGUGAAAUACCUGCCUUCACUCUCCGGGUCCCACUCCCCUACGCUCUCCAAUCAGGGCGUGAAAGACUUACACGAACUUGAGCACAUCAUGGAGAUACUAGUCGAGUCCUGAGAAAUGUUGUGCUAUAGAGAAGAAGAAGAAAAACGUACACACAAGUGGGGGGAAAUGUGUCCGGUAUUAUAGAGCCAUAGAUCAACACCUCAAUGACCAUAUCUGUACUUUUAUUUCUCUGUACAGUACACAAAGGGAACACUAAGGAACUAAUGCACUAUGGUUGAGUGCAGAGCAAAUGAAAUACUGCUGUGUUUUGUGAAUGUCCGGCUAGAUUUCUACUCAGAUGUUAGAAGUAUAUAAUGACAAUUUAUGAAACCUUACUGUAUGAAAAUAUUUUUGAAGGGUUACAACAAACUAUGAUUUUUUUUUUUUUUUUCCCUAUAAACCCAUUAUGAACUGCAAAGUUCGGAAAUAACACCUGGAGUCGUGGAGUCGGUUUUCCGUACAUGGAUUAAGCCUAGAUGUAGAUUAACUGAAAUUUUCCAUUGGGGAGGAAAAUAACUUUUAGUCUAGGACUUGGCUUGAUCCAUGUCGAGAGAAACUGUCUGCCGGCAUUUAGUUGGCAGUGUUAGGACAAAUGGCUCAUAAAUGAAGAGGUCAUUUGUAUACACUGAGGAGCGUAAAACACAAGUGUGUGUGCUGUGCUGUGCAGCUUCAGCAUCUCAGUGGUGGUGCUGUGUACAGAGGAAUGACAGCAGAGUUACUAACAUGGGGAAAUACAAUGCAAUUUAGAGCUUCCCAGUUUUAAAUGCCAAGUUUGAAAAAGAAGAUGGAGCUUAAAAUUGACAUUUUUGUUUUUCUAUUUUAGAAAUGUGAAAUAACAUAGCCAAUCCUUUGAUCACCUUCAGUGAAAGUUGUGCUGUGAAUUUUCCACCACUAGUCUUGUGUUAACCCUACCUCAAACAAAAUGGUGCCAUCAGAGUACUCCUUCUGGUCAUCCUAUUUCUGGUGUUUUUUUCUUUUCUUUUUGUUUACAAAACUUUGGUCACAACUGAAAGAACUCUUAACACCUCUUUUGAAGGUGGUAGAGGGUAGGAAUCUAGGUUGUAUGGGUCAAAGUAAUGAUUUUGAAUCACAGAAUCUUUGAAAUCUUUAUAUUAUUGUGUUCCUAUGUGUCAACUUAAAUGUUUGGUAUUCGAAUCUUGUGGUGGAGAGAUUGAAUACAAUAUACACUUGUUGUGGUAAGGGCCCUGUAUACAUAGUCUCUUUUACCUGUUAGCAUUUGAGCUGGAAAUAUUAGAGUUCUUCACAUUAGGCAAAAAUAGUCUUUUUUUUAUUUGCUUAUGUGUUGAAGCAUUCUUUCAUUCUAAAGAGUCAUCUAUUUGAUUUUACUAUUUAAAGUGAAUUUUGCCUUAUCCAUAUAUUUUGAUAUUUUUUGUGUUUUACGUUAUUGUAUUUUGUUAGUUUGAUACUUACUUAUUCCGUGUUGGCCUAUUAAUAAUGUACCUGUUUAUUUUUGAGUUUGGCUGUGAGGAUUUGCAAAUGCACUUUGCUCUGUGAUGUGACAAGAUUGGGGCUAUUUUAGAUUUUACAAAAAGAAAGAAGAAAAAGAAAGACAUUUUGUCCUUUAAAAUGCUUAUGAAUUGAUGGUUAAUUGAAUUGGGCUACAAUUACUUUAAUAUGUACUUGAAUUUAUAGUCUAAUUACUGAAAACUGUCACAGAAAGGAAAUGAGACUAUUUAUUUUUUUUAUACUACGAAGUUAACUUGGUUUACUGCGCAAGUAAAUUGUAAACUGUAAUCUGAUGUCGAGUCGCAUCUGUAAUACACGAUCACACUGCCGCUCAAAGAAGUAAACCAAUGUGAAUAUCCAGAGCUUGAGUGUAUAGCCCAGAAGUUACACUGUGUUUCUUGGUCGCUUACAGAUGGGCACUUCUAUGCUCGCAGCUGCCUUUGAGGGCUUAUACAAGCCAUCUUACUGAAUUAUGUCUAUGCAAUCAGUAGUGUUCUGUUUGUACCAUGUUCAUAAUAAAGUUUAUAAUGGACCAUA